AUGUCUUUAAACUACAUUAGGAACUUCUACGAGGGAUGUCUCAGGCCUCCGACAGUGAUAGGCCAGUUCCACACGCUGUUUUUUGGCUCUGUGCGGAUGUUCUUCCUUGGGGUUCUGGGGUUUGCUGUGUAUGGGAAUGAAGCCCUCCACUUCAGCUGUGACCCAGACAGGCGAGAGUUAAACCUGUACUGCUACAAUCAGUUCCGACCCAUAACACCACAGGUAUUCUGGGCAUUACAGCUGGUGACAGUUUUAGUCCCGGGUGCUGUGUUCCACCUCUACGCAGCCUGCAAGAACAUCGACCAGGAGGAGAUCCUCCAGAGGCCUAUCUACACCGUCUUCUACAUAAUCUCGGUUCUCCUGCGGAUCGUUCUGGAAAUCUUUGCCUUCUGGCUUCAGAGUCACCUGUUUGGCUUCCUGGUCCAUCCUCUCUACAUGUGUGAUGCCAGCGCUCUGGAGAGGGCCUUUAAUGUCACCAAGUGCAUGGUACCAGAACACUUUGAGAAGACCAUAUUUCUGAGCGCGAUGUACACCUUUACCGUGAUCACAGUGCUGCUUUGUGUAGCUGAGGUCUUUGAGAUACUCUGCAGGCGCCUGGGGUACCUGACCAAUCAAUGA